AUGGACAUGCUAGCCAAACAAAUGUCUCAAAUUGCCACCUCGUUGAAUGAGAUGCGUGGAAACGAAGGAAGAAUCCAUGCCUUAGUGAAACCACCGAACAGAGCAAACAUCAGUCCAAUAACCUUGAGAUUAGGAAGGGAGUAUAAAGGGCUAACAAUGAAGGCUGAUAAGCAAGGGCCGACUGUGAUGAGUAAGGAGACAGAGGGCACAGUUCAACAGAAGGGAAACACCGAAACAGGGGAAACCAGAGCAGAGGAUGAUCCGACCUUCUUGAACCCCGAAACUGAAGUGCAAAAUGAAGAAGUGAGGAAAGAAACUGGAGGGUUUUUCAAGGGAGACUCCAGCAAGACAGUUAAGUCAUUUCCCUAUCGUGGGGAAGGUAGAAAAAGGAAAGAUGAUCCAGUGGAUUUCUUGGAAAUUUUCGGCAAACUGGAAAUCAACCUACCAUUUUUACAGGCUCUAAAAUUAGCUCUUUUCAGUAAGUUUAUCAAGGAGUUCAUUGCGGGUAAGACCAAGCCGGAUGGAAAAAUCAUGAUCGGAGAGAAUAUUUCAGCAGUGAUACAGAAGAUGAGGCUUCCAUCAAAGAGAACCGGCCUAGGUAUGUUUACUCUACUCAUUGAAAUAGGUAACGUGAAAGUUGAUCAUGCAAUGUGUGACCUGGGCGCGUCAAUAAAUGUGUUACCUCUUUCGCUUUACAAGAAAUUGGUAGGAGUAAGGUUAGUUGAUACGAAGAUAGUGAUCCAAUUGGCUGAUAGGUCAUGCAUAAGCCAAGAAGGUGUGUUAAAAAAUGUGAUAGUUAAGGUGCAUGAUUUCUUGUAUCCUGCUGAUUUCCAUGUAAUUAAGAUGAGUGAACAUGAAUCUGCUGAGUCUAGCGGAGUGCUUUUAAGUAGACCAUUCCUACGCACAGCUAAGACUAUAAUUGAUGUUUUUAAUGGAACAAUUUGUUUGGACUAUCAUGGGGAGAAAUUCACUUUCAACAUUGAUGAGGCUAUGAAAAAACCUUUAGAUGUGGAAAAUCUUCAUGCCGUGGGUAUUAUUAACCCCUUGGUCCAGGAAUAUCUUGAGACUGAACUCAUGCAGGAGUAG